AUGGAUCCAAAGAAAACGAUAGUGGGGGGGGGGAGCAAAGGAAUGGUAGUAUCAGAAGAAAUCCUGCCAAGUCAGGUGUUCACCAGUCUUCCCGAUGCCAUGCAAGCAGCUGAACAAGGAAUUCCACCAAUCCUUGCCUCAAAAAAGAGAGAAGUCAAAGGGAGCUCAAUUUUAUGGGUUGGCAUGGAAGUAUCUGUAUCCAAGAGGGAUGCGACCGAAGUGUUUGGGAAUGCACAACAUGACAAGGGAUUUGUCAUUGACUUUGUGCGCGAUUCCAUUUUGUUCAUACGCCCAAGUUCGAGUCUGGUCGGGGAGGUGUGUCUUAAGGGUGAACAUGGCGUGGCGGUGGAAGAAGCUGGUAUCCUGAAGAAAUUGCCUCCAUCCAACAAUCUACUAAUUGACGUUAGCGCUUGGUGUUACCAGUACAGCUAUCGCCAAAUUGAAAAGACUAGCGAGUACGAAAAGGAUCCGUACUUUCGCUGGCUAGACGAGCUGCCACCAAAGCAAGGUAUCCCUUGGCUGGUGACAACCAGUGGCGGCAUGCGACACAAAUGGCAAGGCGAUGGUGUCGUCUGUCAAGGUAUGGCCCGUUGCAAUUUAUGCCUUCGUAGGUUUAAUAGCAAAUAUGGAUUUGGGUUGAUGGAUACCUACUCCAAGUACAGAUCCAGCUUCCGCAGCGAUAGGGAAUGGAAUGCGGAGCUCCAGGAACUCCAGGCACACACCGAAAAGCACAACGACAAAAUCGUCCACCAUUUCACGUUUCCCAACGUUUACCCUGGAUCCGGUCUACGUUGGCCUUGGGACAUGACUGCUUCCUCUGUUGCGCAAGAGGUGCUCUGGGAAGCAUUUGUUGAAAAAAAUAUCCCCCUAUCUACAUACUUCGGGGCUGUCACCGCCGGGAACGACAAGCUAUUGACACUACAAGUCAUCAGAAUUAUUGGUGUGGCCAUCGGUCGGGUUAGAAGUCAAAAAGAAAAGGUACUCGACAGGAUGUACCGCGGUGGGCUAAUCAUCCCUGAGCACAUUGCUGAUUACAUGAAAUGGUGGGAUGAAAAAGUUAGACAGGCGAAACCAUCCAAGAGAAGGCCGGCGAAAGAUUUGUUUGCAUCUACUCCACUAUCCUAUUUGAACAACAUACGUCGCAAAGGUGCCACUGACCGAUUCCUGGCCAAAGUUGAAGAGCUUCUGGAGGCACAGUGCCAAAAAAUGAUGGAGUUUCCGUACUUGACUCUCCCGUCUGCCUACGAAGGCACAGUCGAACACCAGGUUGGUUAUGCCUGGAACUCCCUCUGUUGUUUCUUCUACUGUGGCCUUGUCCAGAAGGAUUCGUUCCCAUUUGUCGACUACGAGAUGGGACAAAUCACAUACCUACAGGUCGUGAAUGACUUCCUUCAACUACAGAUAAUUGAAAAAGGCAAAUAG